GUCCUAAAAUGCGUUCCAGGCCAAUCAGGGAUCUGAGAGGGAGGGCAGCUGAAAGAUUCCCAGUCGCCUGCCUUUAAAAAUGUGCGCUCCGUUUGCCGUUGUUUCACAUGCUGCUUCAGGAGAAUGACGUGAGAAAGUUUGUGCCUCGUAAUGCAUGCGUUCAGAGGCUGGAAUCACUGUCGGGGUUCCGCACGUGUGGAUGAAGGAAAUGACAUCGGCUGCUGGCUCUUCCACUUCGGCUUGAUCAGAUGUACCCCAGGGAGAGGUUGCGAGGAGACUGACAACAACAACAGAAGAUCAGACAAAGCAAAAAAAGGACCACCUGAAGACAAACAGAACAGAGGAAGAAGAAAGACAUCUUAGCAAAACAACAUCUGGAUAAACGCGAGAUUGAAGGACGAGGGACAAUUUUAAGAAAAUAAGAGGAGAAGUGUGGUUAAGCAUGAGAGAGGAUGAGCUGUCCAGAGAUGAGCACCCUAAAGGAAGGGUGGUUCCCAAAGAGAAGCUGGCAAGACCGCUUUCUAAUGCCUGCCCUGUUGUUGUAGCCAUGCCGGGCAUCACCGGGUGUAAACGUCCUUUGGGCUCACACACCGACCAUCACCUGAUUCCACUCGCCCCUACCUCAACAGAAGACGGCGACAGGCUCAAACCCGGGGAUGACGUUCAGAUAUACACCCCAACGGGCCCCAAAAAACUCAAAAGGAGCCCCACGCAUCAUCCGCCUUCCUCCAGCCCAUGCCUUUCUCCCGUACCAGGUCACAGUCCCGGAGGACUCCCCACCCUGGAGGACCCACACGCCCAGCGGACCAUCGCCAACAUCCGCGAGCGCCAGCGGACUCAGUCGCUGAACGAGGCGUUCGCGUCGCUGCGCAAGAUCAUACCGACGCUUCCCUCGGACAAACUCAGCAAAAUUCAAACCCUCAAGCUGGCGUCCCGCUACAUUGACUUUCUGUACCAGGUCCUGCAGAGCAACGAGAUGGACAGCAAGCUGGCCGGGUGUAACUACCUGGCCCACGAGAGGCUGAGCUACGCCUUCUCUGUCUGGAGGAUGGAAGGGGCCUGGUCGACCAUGUCCGCUGGUCAGUAGCUGGGCCGGAAAGCUCAACGACGUUGGCAGGGAAGGAUUGAUACAAACCGAGCUCUUCUGUAAGGCCCAUUUGGCUGUACCUCCCGAUUUUUUUUGUGAAUCAAUCAGACUGAUGUAUCGUUGGAUUGUUGUUAUUUAAAUUUUUUAACUGAUUGUUGGGGGGGGAAAGACGCUGGGACCCACUCAAAGUAUGACCUUCUUGUAAAUGUGUACUCUGUUUACAUCUAAUCCAGUUAAGGUUUGGAACCGACAGCAGGUGAAAAAAGCUGGUCUUCAUUCAAUAUUUCAGAUUAUAGACUAUCCCUGCAGAUUUCCCUCUGUAUACGAAGAGAUCUGCUUAAGACCUAUCUAUCCGCUCUCUUAGGUUCUAAAGUUAGAAUGCUGGUUUCAUCAGCUAGUCCCACUUUUUUCAUUCCAUAUAUAAACUUUACAAAAAUAUCUUUAUUUACAUCUGUUUCUUGUCUUGGCAUAUAAAAGGUACAUUUCUGCAAGGUAUAUAAAACUAAGUAGCUGUAGGGUUUAGAUGAAACACUAUUAAAACUGAUCCUGGUCUUUUGCCUUGCCCAAAUCCUUAUGACUUUUCAUUUUCCAGCCCCCGAAUCCCCCGGCCACCUCUGAACUUGAGUAACAGUGGAAAAUAUAGCCGUGGGCAGUUGCCUCUUUAAAACAAAACCAGGCCCCCUUUGUGUUAUUUCCCAGUUCCAAAGAGAAACUCCUGUUGAAAUAUUUUCCCCUCUUUUCUGGCUCCCAUUUUGCUGGCAUGGCACGAAGCUCUGAUACAGCUGACGAGGAGGCGUAAUGAAAACAAACAGUCUUUUUAAAGCCAUUAAUCAUGUGUGUCAUCAUCAAAGGAGAGGCUGAUGUGGCUUCCCGCUGGGGUUAGCAUAAACCGUGGGGAGUGAUGAAGGAGGUGAGAGCUGAUUUAUGCACACAAACGUGGACAUGUGCAUAGGUGUAGCUGUUUGCAUGUACGCAUUUCCUACAAAUUGCAUGUUUUUUCAACGAGCGACGUUCUCAAAAUGCGUCCGUAGCAUUUGUUUGACGCCAGAAGCGUCACAAAAGUAUACAUCAUAUUUGCAUUAUUGAAAUUGUAUUAUUUAUUCCUUAACCUAGCUCCUAUUUCGACAAGAGAACUACAAAGGGUAUUUGGCUGGCAGGUUGUUAGGUUCCAAAACAAAUCCAUGACGAACCACUUCUUCCUUUGCUGCCAGCAUGCAAAAAGAUCGGCAACCCAUCAUUUGUUACAAGGAGAAUUUUCCAGCUGAGGGGAAUUUUUUUUUUCUUUUUUUAAUCCUGCAAUGAUCCCAGUGUGGUCUCACAAGGCUUAACUUCCCUGGCAUGUUAGAAUAUUCUAGACAUUUCAAAAUAACUCCUCGUCCAAAAGAGAAUAAACUUAAUCUUGCAAAGAAUCUGCCAAAAUGUUCUGAAUUACAUUUCUAUUAAAAACAUUUUAUAUUUGUUCAAGCUAAUUGUGUUUGCCAUUUUUGAAAAUAUUCUUUGAUUUUGAGAAAUCAAAAAAAAAAAAAAAAAGAAUCUUUGAGUCGUUUAUGGCUCUGUUUGUGUCUGAGUUACCUUUAAGCAGGUAUCUGGUUUGAUUAUAUUUUAGUAAAACUGCUCUUCUUAAAUAAACUUCAUAAAAAUACACCUUCUAUAACCUUUUCAGAUUCUAAAAAUCCAUAUUUGUGUUGCUUCUGUAACAUUCUACCUAUUGUUUACUUCCAGCUGAUAAAUAAAAUCUGAUCUCUCACAUGA